AUGUCCGCUGAUGAUCAGCAGUUCUUGGACGUGCAGCUAUCGUCGCUACCAACCGAAGUCCAGCGGUAUUCCCACGAGGUCGCAGACUACAUCAACCAGAAUGUCGACAAGAUCGCGAGUGUAAUCAGAGAGCAGGUGUCCUCUUCACCGUGGAUUCCCGAUUCCAUCCGCUCCAGAGUGCCGCCGCCAACGCCGCCGCCAGCAGCGGUUCCAGCCGGAGCCCUGUCGACGUUGGAGCGCGUGCAGGACUGGAUUUCGAGACAUAAGAUUGCCACCGGCGUGAUUGUACUGGUAUCGGGAACAGUCGCCUACAAAGUAUACAGGAAAAGCAAGCUCGGCCGCAAAUCACGACGCGCACGACGGGCGCGCAAUGGAGGAAGAGUCGAGGUUGUGGUCAUCGCAGGGUCGCCGACGCUGCCACUUACACGGUCCCUGUCCCUAGACAUGGAGCGCAAGGGCUUCAUAGUAUACGUCGUGUGCAGCUCGAUGGAGGAUGAGGUCAUGGUGCAGAACCUUUCGCGGCCAGAUAUCAAGCCCUUGGCGAUCGAUAUCACCGAUACUCCAAAUGCAGGCGCAGCUAUCGACCGUUUUGCACAGUUCCUACAAUCGCCACACUCGGCUGUACCAGGCGCCAAGCGCAACUUCUUGACACUCAAGUCGGUCAUUCUGAUCCCGUCACUCAACUACCAAACCUCGCCGAUCGCUCUCAUCCCUCCCUCAAACUUCGCCGAUCUCUUCAACACCCACCUCCUCCAUCCGAUCCUCACCAUCCAGGCAUUCCUACCUCUCCUAACGUCCCGCGUCGGCUCGUCCGGCGACAAGUCACCACCUAAAGUCCUGGUCUUCACACCCUCCAUCAUCUCGUCCAUCAACCCUCCCUUCCACGCCCCCGAGGCGACAGUCUGCUCUGCUCUCUCCGCCUUCACCGAGGUCCUUACUGCCGAGCUUCGACCACUCGCCAUCCCCGUCACACAUAUCCAGCUCGGCACGUUCGACUUUACCGGCUUCACGCCCGCGGGCGGAAACAGCAGAGCCAACCAGCUGGAGCUGUUACCGGCGCCCGAGUCCGCCGAGGUCCUAGGAUGGCCCGAGCCGGCGCGCCAUGUAUACGGCCGGAAUUUCGCAGUCCACACCACCUCCGCCAUCAGCUCUGGCCGCAUCCGCGGGGCGCGCGGCAGUGCGUUGCGGGAUCUGCACAGUGCUGUGUUCGACGUGAUCGACGGGUCAAAUACGAAUAGCGUCAUACGCAUUGGCCUCGGUGCCAACAUCUACGGAUUUGUCGGCCGCUGGGUUCCCCGGGGUCUCGUCGCAUGGAUGAUGGGCAUCAGGAAGGUCGACGAGCUUCAAUCAUGGCAGUCUGACCCCGAACACAGCCCGAGGUCGGGCAGCGACAGUGGGGAGGGGCAAGAGUAUGUCACAGUGCCUGCCGAGGAGUUGAGGCAGUCGUGGAGUGAACGGCGUUGA